GAGACAUUUUGUAUAUGUGUCGUAUUGGUUUAUUUUAGCAAUGACAGUAUCUCCGACAUAAUAAUGUUGAUAAAUAAUGUUAAUGACGUCACUGAUAAUAUUUAUCAUUUUCAACAUGAGUUAAUUGACCUGUAUUCGACCGCUCCCGUAAAAACUUUUGGAAAUGUACUAAUACUUGUUUAAAAUUUAGACAGUAAACCAAUUUUUUUUAUUUAUUAACAAGAAAAAAAUACUAAUUACGAUGUGCGCUAAAAUGGCAUUCACUCAUCAACCAGGCACUGCCAUGGAGUGCCUAAGUAUACCUAUUACAUUAACUAAAGAAUCAUCAAUAGAUGAUGAUGGUCGCGAAUUAUUAAAAUGUGGUUUUAAAAUUGGUGGAGGAAUUGAUCAAGAUUUUAGGAAAAGCCCACAAGGAUAUACAGAUAAUGGUAUAUAUGUGACUGAAGUUCAUGAUGGUAGUCCAGCUUCUAAAUCUGGUUUAAGAAUACAUGACAAAAUAUUGCAGUGUAAUGGUUAUGAUUUUACUAUGGUUACUCACAAAAAAGCUGUAGAUUACAUAAAAAAACAUAAAAUUUUAAAUUUAUUAAUUGCUAGAAGAGGCGUCACAUCUACGUAAUAGUUUAGGUUGCUCCAUUGUUUUUUUACAUUUUUACACAAAACCAAAGGUUUACGCUUAAUUUUGUUAUAUAUCCUAUAUUACUUUUAUUUUUAGCAUAACAUACAUUUUAUUUAUAUAUUUUUAAAGAAUAGAUAUUUUACAAUUAAAUGUUUUAUUGAUUUCUAUAUUUAUUAUUAUUGUUAAAUUUGUAAUUAUUGUAACUUACAUUACAUUCAAAUUUAAAAAAAUUUAAUUUAUACAGAGUAUUCAGUAAGGAAACAGGUAAAUUGUUAUAAUAAAUGAAAAUAAUAGAAAUCCAUUUCUUUACUGGAUACCUCCUAUGUACAUAUAACAUUAAUUAUAAUAGAGUAAUACCUUAAUUUUUUUAGGAAAUUUAUUAAAAAUGAACUGUAGUUUAAAUACAUUCCAAAUUUUAAUUAAUAUUACUAUUGUUUAAUAGAUUUUAUUUUUAAGUGACAAAAUUAAUUUUAUUAUUAAGUAUAUAUAUAUUAUAAUAUGUAUAUAGAAAUAAUCUAUACAUUUUUUAAUGUAUUAGUGAAAAAAUAAAAUUAUUUAUCUUAGAUCGUUAUUUAUCUACUGUAAACAUUUUAUACAAUUAACAAUUCUAGAAACAAAAGUUCAUUAUAAGCUUUAAUAAGAUAAAAAUGUUAAAAUUUCAUUAAUUUAGUAAAAAUUAAAUUCAACAUAAUAUAGUA